AGAGUUGAGGACCUAAGUGUUUGCCUCACACACUUGCCUUCACUUCCAUCUUCACUGCCAGUACAUUUAGCUAGGGUUUCAGGUUGCUGCAAAGGAAGCCGCCAUGGCCAGUAAGAUGGUGCGCCAAGUAGCUAUCAAGUCGGACGGCGAUGUGUUCCAUGAGAUCUUCAGAGAUAGGCCUCACCAUAUCUCCAAUAUGGCUCCGGCUCACAUCCAAGGCUGUGCUUUGCAUGAAGGUGACUGGGGCAAAGUUGGCUCCAUCGUCUUCUGGAAUUAUACUCACGAUGGGAAAGAGAAGGUUGCUAAGGAGGUGAUAGAGGCAGUAGACGAGGCAAACAAGUCGGUGACAUACAAGGUGAUUGAAGGAGAUCUGAUGCAGCUGUACAAGAGCUUCGUCAUCACAGUCCACGUGGACACAAGGGGCGUCAACAACUUGGUCACAUGGACCUUCCAAUACGAGAAGCUCAAUAAUAGCGUCGAAGAUCCAAACUCACUCAUGGACUUCUGCAUUAGCGUCACCAAAGAUAUUGAGGCUCACCAUCUCAAGUAAUUAAUGUAUUUAAAU